CCACCAUUGGCGUCUAUGUCUGAGCAGGGGUGCUGCCCAUUGGGGAACCAGUGAAGCCCCAAAUCAGUGAGAAGCAUGGUCACAGCUCAGGGCCCUGCUGUGGGCAUCAGCCUCCGAGCCCCCACUGUACCCUCUACACGCACUGGGUCAGCCCAUUUUGCAGAUGAUGAAAUGGACCUAGAGAGGCCACUGAGGUGCCUAAGGGCACAUCCACACCCCAACAGUCUUAAAUCCCAGUCCUCUACUGUCCCCAAACCUGCCCGGGGAAUCCCUCUGCCUCCCAGUCUCUCUCCAGGUCCUCUCUCCCUCACUGCUAAAACAGAGGGUUUGGGCCUGACAGCCUCCGGGGAUCCUGGCAACUCAGCAUGUGGCCAGGGCCAAGCCCUGCUGGAUGCUGCACUCCCUGGAUGAGGACGAUGUGCACAGAUGUGGCCGCUGCCAGGCGGAGUUCACUGCUUUGGAAGACUUCGUUCAGCACAAGAUUCAGAAGGCCUGCCAGCGGGCCCCUCCGGAGGCCCUGCCCGCCACCCCUGCCACCACCACACUGCUGGGCCAGGAGGUGGUGCCGGCGGCAGCCGGCCCAGAGGAGCCCAUCACCGUGGCCCACAUCGUGGUGGAGGCAGCCUCUCUGGCAACGGACAUUGGCCACGCACCGGACCUCGUUGGUGGUGGGCACAUCAAAGAGGUCAUUGUGGGUGCUGAAGCAGAGCCAGGGGACAGUGAGAUGGCGGAGGCCCCAGGCAGCCCCCACCGGCAGGCGCUGGGGCUUGCUGGGGAGGGUGAGCAGGCCCAGGUCAAGCUGCUGGUGAACAAGGACGGCCGCUACGUGUGCAUGCUGUGCCGCAAGACCUUCAAGACGGGCAGCAUCCUCAAGGCCCACAUGGUCACCCACAGCAGCCGCAAGGACCACGAGUGCAAGCUCUGCGGGGCCUCCUUCCGCACCAAGGGCUCACUCAUCCGGCACCACCGGCGGCACACGGAUGAGCGCCCCUACAAGUGCGCCAAAUGUGGAAAGAGCUUCCGGGAGUCAGGUGCACUGACCCGGCAUCUCAAGUCUCUUACCCCAUGCACGGAAAAAAUUCGCUUCAGCAUGAGCAAGGAUGUGGUUGUCGGCCAAGAGGACAUGCCUGCAGGGUCUGGAGCCUCUGCUGUGGGGACAGUUACAUCAUCAUCGGUGACAAGUGAGCCUAUGGAGACUUCGCCCGUGAUUCAUCUGGUGACAGAUGCCAAGGGCACUGUCAUCCACGAAGUCCAUGUCCAGAUGCAGGAGCUGCCGCUGGGCAUGAAAGCCCUGGCCCCAGAGCCCCCAGUCCCUGAAGAGCUUCCCUGUUCCGGCGAGGGCAGCCGUGAGAACCUGCUGCACCAGGCCAUGCAGAACUCUGGCAUCGUCCUCGAGCGGGUUGCUGGGGAGGAGGGGGCCCUGGAUCCAGCCCCUCCCGCCGGGUCCAGUCCCCAGCCCUUGGGAGAUGGCGCCCCGCAACUGCCGCUGCUGGAGGUGCAGCCGCUGGAGACACAGGUGGCCAGCGAGCCCUCAGCUGUGCCCAGGACACACCCGUGCCCUCAGUGCAGUGAGACCUUCCCGACAGCAGCCACCCUGGAGGCCCACAAGAGGGGCCAUGCAGGGCCGAGGCCGUUCACCUGCAUGCAGUGUGGCAAGGCUUUCCCCAAGGCCUACCUGCUCAAGAAGCACCAGGAGGUGCAUGUGCACGAGCGCCGCUUCCGCUGUGGGGACUGUGGGAAGCUUUACAAGACCAUCGCCCACGUGCGUGGCCACCGGCGCGUCCACUCAGAUGAGCGACCCUACCCUUGUCCGGAGUGCGGCAAGCGCUACAAGACCAAGAAUGCCCAGCAGGUGCACUUCCGGACACACCUGGAGGAGAAGCCUCACGUGUGCCAGUUCUGUAGCCGCGGCUUCCGGGAGAAGGGCUCGCUGGUGCGGCACGUGCGGCACCACACGGGCGAGAAGCCCUUCAAGUGCUACAAGUGCGGCCGUGGCUUUGCCGAGCACGGCACGCUCAACCGGCACCUGCGCACCAAAGGGGGCUGCCUGCUGGAGGUGGAGGAGUUGCUGGUGUCUGAGGAGAGCCCCGCGGCGGCCACCACCGUCCUCGCAGAGGACCCCCACACGGUGUUAGUGGAGUUCUCGUCCGUGGUGGCGGACACCCAGGAGUACAUCAUUGAGGCCACUGCAGACGAUGCUGAGACCAGCGAAGCCACGGAGAUCAUCGAGGGCACCCAGACAGAGGUGGACAGCCACAUCAUGAAGGUGGUGCAACAGAUCGUGCACCAGGCCAGCGCCGGGCAUCAGAUCAUCGUGCAGAACGUCACCGUGGACCAGGAGGCGGGGCCGGUCCCAGAAGCGGCUGCUGCCGACACCAUCACCAUCGCCACCCCUGAGAGCCUGACGGAGCAGGUGGCCAUGACACUGGCCUCAGCCAUCAGUGAGGGCACUGUGCUCACGGCCCGAGCAGGUGCAAAUGGCACUGAACAGGCCACAGUGACCAUGGUGUCAUCAGAGGACAUUGAGAUCCUGGAGCAUGCGGGCGAGCUGGUCAUUGCCUCGCCGGAGGGUCAGCUUGAGGUGCGGACCGUUGUUGUCUAGCAUGGAGGCCUGCAGGUCCCUGCUGGCUGGAGCUGGGCCAAGGUUUCUGAGUGCCCUGCCUGUGCCUGCCUGGCCUGGUAGAGAAGAUGGCACAGAAUUCAGAGGUGCAGAGGAGAAGGGGAGUGUAAUUACAGUUUUUGUUGCUUUACAAUAAAACAUGAAAACCUGCA